AUGUUGUUUCAACGUUCCAUUACCUUACAAUUGGUGAGGAGAUCUCAUAACAAGCCUGUUGGUCGGCAACCAAACAUAAUUAAAGUAGGUAACAAGCGUUUUCAACAUAGUAUACGACUUUGUUUUAUGCUUUUUGAAGUGUGUCACUGUUGUUUCUCAAAUUUAAACAUAAUCUUACCAUGUUUUAGCUAAAUGAUCGAUCAGGAGCCACAAAACCUCAAAAACAGAAAAGGAAGUUCAAUAAGAAUUCGCUGGGAUUAUUGGUGAUCCCAGCUUCUGCUUUUGGCCUCGGAGUAUGGCAAACGCAGAGAUUAAAGUGGAAGGAGGAUCUGUUGGCUCAUUUGAAAGAACAACUAAAUCAAGGAGCAAUUCCUUUGCCAAACGAGUAAGAUAAUCCACUUGUUAUCAGUUUUUCGUAGUUUAGGUGAUCUACAAGACUUGGAGUAUCGACGAGUUAAAGUCAGAGGAAGGUAUCUGUAUGAUCGACAGUUCAUAAUUGCCCCAAGAGGCAGGUUCGACGAGGGAUUCAAAGAUAAAGGGUCCAGUUUGAUUGGUGAUAGCAAAAGUUCUUCUCAUGGAGGCCACUUCAUCACACCUUUCUUGAUUGAAGGGACAAAGUGAGUUUAUUUAUAGCCAUUUUUUGAGUGUUGGAGGUGCCUUUUUUAUAUUAUAAUAGCUAACAUUAUUAUUACUGUCGGUAUCUUAUUUUUUAAGUAACUGAUUUAAUUUAGCCAAAUCAUAAUGGUGAACAGAGGAUGGUUGCCAACUGAAAUGCAUACUUUCGAGAUGAACAAGAGACGGAGAAAUGAAGUUGUUGAGAUUGAAGCGAUUGUCAGGAAAAGCGAAAACGUAAACGAAUAACUAUUUAAGAUUUGAUAACACUAUUUUAAUUUUCAUAGUUAUGUGUUUGGUAUUGUGACAUUUCCUAACUGUGCCAUUCUAGAGGCCCCAAUUCGUGAGCGCCAAUAAACCAGAGAAGAACAUGUGGUUCUACAAGAACUUUAAUGAGAUGGGGCAACAUUGUGGAGCCUUACCUGUGCUACUUGAUCUCGCUUACAGUAAGUUUAUCCCUAUAGGUAUAUUAAAGUUAUAGUCGUUUUACGAAACAAUACUCAAAAUGUCCUAAGGAGAUGAAAAAAAAACACGUUUUCAGACCUUGAGCACGGAGAUGAACCUAUAUCAGGUCAGACUAAUAUCAACCUCAGAAACGACCAUUGGAACUACCUGGUAACAUGGUACUCGUUAUCAGCGAUCACCUUGUUCAUGUGGUACAGCAAGUUCUUACGAUGA